CGUUAAAUGCUCUAUCCAAAUAGACGAGAAGAUAAGACUUGUUGAAGAGAAAAGAAGGCAAUGGAGUGUAUGGCAAACUAUAACGUCACUUCCCUCUCCCCAAAACCCCCUCCUCCAACUCUGCGUAAUCUCCGUUCUCUCCUUCCAAGCUCUCUCAGAGCCCAUCAAAACCACCACCAUGCUUUCAAGACCAAAGCAUCGUCUACAAUCGAUCUUAGUCCUCAGAAACGUUCCUACAAGAAAAGAACGAAACCAACAACGCCAAGAAAAUUCCGGGAGCAGGACGCUUUCCCGGACUCCAUACCUAUUCACUCCAAAAACCCACAUUCUGUUUACAAAGAUAUUCAGAGCUUCGCCCGCCAGAACAGGCUAAAAGAAGUCCUUUCAAUUCUUGAUUACUUGGACCAGCGCGGUAUUCCUGUAAAUGUCACCACUUUCGCUUCCAUUAUCGAGGCUUGCGUCCGGAAGAGGGCCCUGAACGAAGCCAGGACUGUGCAUACACAUAUCCGGAUCAAUGGGCUUGAAAAUAAUGAGUUUUUGCAGACAAAGCUUGUCAACAUGUACGCGGCUUGUGGGGCGGUUGAGGAUGCAAAGAAGGUGUUCGAUGGAAUGCCUGUGAGAAGUGUGUACCCGUGGAAUGCGCUGCUUAGAGGAAAUGUCGUGUUAGGUGGCCGUAAAUACCAUGAAGCUCUAGACACGUUUUCUGCAAUGCGGGCUCAGGGAGUGGAGUUGAAUGUAUAUAGCUUCUCUUGUAUGAUCAAGAGUCUUGCUGGGGCUUCUGCAUUUUCCCAAGGUUUGAAGACUCAUGGACUUUUGGUAAAGAAUGGCUUUCUGGGCAGUAAUAUAAUCAGAACUAGUCUGAUUGAUAUGUACUUCAAGUGUGGGAAGAUCAAUCUUGCUUGCCGGGUUUUCGAGGAGAUUGAAAACAGGGAUGUUGUUGCUUGGGGUGCAAUGAUUGCUGGUUUCGCUCAUAAUCGCCUGCAAAGGGAGGCAUUGGAGUGUACAAGACAAAUGAUAGAAGAGGGGUUGGAAGUUAAUUCAGUUAUUCUGACUACAAUUCUUCCAGUUAUUGGAGAAAUGUGGGCAUGGAGAAUUGGGCAGGAGGCCCAUGCUUAUGUACUCAAGACAAAGGACUACAGCAAGCAAUUGUUUAUCCAGUCUGCUCUGAUAGAUAUGUACUGCAAAUGUGGAGAUUUGGCCUCAGGAAGGAAGGUGUUUUACAGUUCAAAGGAGAGAAAUGCAGUCUCCUGGACUGCUCUCUUGGCAGGUUAUGUUGAAAAUGGGAGAUUGGAUCAAGCUUUGCGGUCUAUUACAUGGAUGCAACAGGAAGGUUUCAAGCCUGAUAUUGUCACACUUGCUACAGUCCUUCCAGUUUGUGGGAAACUAAGGGCAUUGGUGCAAGGUAAAGAAAUCCAUGGAUAUGCAGUGAAAAAUGGGUUUUUGCCCAAUGUUUCUGUUGCCACUUCCCUGAUGAUGAUGUAUGCAAAGUGCGGUCUGCUCGAAUAUUCAGUGAGUGUGUUCGAGGGGAUGGAGAAGAGGAACGUAAUCGCGUGGACAGCCAUGAUAUCGUCCUACAUCGAAUCCGGAAGCCUGCACGAAGCGCUUGAUGUUUUCCGGGCAAUGCAGCUGUCAAAGCACAGGCCAGACUCGGUUGCAAUGGCGAGAAUGUUGGAAAUCUGCGGUGAGCUCAGAGAUCUGAAGCUCGGAAGAGAAGUACACGCCCAAGUUCUGAAGAAAGACCUUGCCUGUGUCCCCUUUGUUUCUGCAGAAACCAUUAGAAUGUAUGGCAGCUGUGGUGCCAUUGAUGAAGCCAGAUUUUCCUUUGAUGCAGUGUCAGUUAAAGGACCAAUAACAUGGACUGCCAUCAUUGAGGCUUAUGGACUCACUGGCCAAUAUGUUGAAGCUUUACAGACUUUUAAGCAGAUGAUAUCAAAGGGCUCUUCUCCAAAUGCCUUUACCUUCAAGGCAAUCCUGCAUAUUUGUGAGCAAGCUGGAUUUGCAGAUGAGGCCUGUAGAUUUUUUUCUUUGAUGACCAAACGAUAUAAAAUUGAAGCAUCCAAAGAACAUUAUGACAGCAUCAUUAGCCUCCUCAAUAGUGUAGGUCAAUUUGAGAAGGCUGACAAAUUUGUACAUUUGAGAUCAUUAUUGGAAUGAAGAUAUAGGAAUGUUCAACAGGUUUCAA